GAAGUGGGGCUCAGGUGUAAGAGGAGUGCAUCCCGUCGGCGCGCGGGGCUAGAGCUCUCGGAGAAGCAGGACCGCGAGGCCGGCGCGCGGCGCUCUGCGCGAUCAGAGGGAGCCCCCGGCAGCAGCAGGAGCAGUAGCAGCAGCCCGCGGCGCGGCCGCCACCCGCCGCCGCGACCGCCGGGGCUGCAGUCUCGGAAGGGAGGCCGGGUGAGCCCGCGUACGCACUUUCCCGCGGACUUUCGGAGUGUUUGUGGAUAUAUAUACAUGCCAAGCCGCCAAGAUGAUGUCCAUGAACAGCAAGCAGCCUCACUUUGCCAUGCAUCCCACCCUCCCUGAGCACAAGUACCCGUCGCUGCACUCCAGCUCCGAGGCCAUCCGGCGGGCCUGCCUGCCCACGCCGCCGCUGCAGAGCAACCUCUUCGCCAGCCUGGACGAGACGCUGCUGGCGCGGGCCGAGGCGCUGGCGGCCGUGGACAUCGCCGUGUCCCAGGGCAAGAGCCAUCCUUUCAAGCCGGACGCCACGUACCACACGAUGAACAGCGUGCCGUGCACGUCCACUUCCACCGUGCCGCUGGCGCACCACCACCACCACCACCACCACCACCAGGCGCUGGAGCCCGGCGAUCUGCUGGACCACAUCUCCUCGCCGUCUCUCGCGCUCAUGGCCGGCGCGGGCGGCGCGGGCGCGGCGGGCGGCGGUGGCGGCGCCCACGACGGCCCGGGGGCGCGGGCGGCGUGGCGCGGCGGCGGCGGUGGCGGCGCCCACGACGUGCCCGGGGCGGGGAUGGCCCCCGGGUGGCGGGCGGUGUCUGGUGGCGGCGGGCGGCCCCGGGGCGGCGGCGGGGCGGGCGGGCGUCUGGGGCGCGGCGGCGGCCCGGCGAAGCGUGGUUCUGGCGGCUCCGCAGACCGCACCCGCGUAUAUGCACAGCCUGGCUAAUUGUCGACCAGGCGCGGCCACGGCGAAUAUGCCGUUGCCAAACUGGCUGGGCGCCGACUUCCCGGGCUGCCGCACCCCGGGCUGGUGGCGGCGGCGGCGCACCACGGCGCGGCAGCGGCGGCGGCGGCGGCGGCGGCCGGGCAGGUGGCGGCGGCGUCGGCGGCUGCGGCCGUGGUGGGCGCGGCGGGCCUGGCGUCCAUCUGCGACUCGGACACGGACCCGCGCGAGCUCGAGGCGUUCGCCGAGCGCUUCAAGCAGCGGCGCAUCAAGCUGGGCGUGACGCAGGCCGACGUGGGCUCGGCGUUGGCCAACCUCAAGAUCCCGGGCGUGGGCUCACUCAGCCAGAGCACCAUCUGCAGGUUCGAGUCGCUCACGCUCUCGCACAACAACAUGAUCGCGCUCAAGCCCAUCCUGCAGGCGUGGCUCGAGGAGGCCGAGGGCGCCCAGCGCGAGAAAAUGAACAAGCCCGAGCUCUUCAACGGCGGAGAGAAGAAGCGCAAGCGGACUUCCAUCGCCGCGCCCGAGAAGCGCUCCCUCGAGGCCUACUUCGCCGUGCAGCCCCGGCCCUCGUCCGAGAAGAUCGCCGCCAUCGCCGAGAAACUGGACCUCAAAAAGAAUGUGGUGCGGGUGUGGUUUUGCAACCAGAGACAGAAGCAGAAGCGGAUGAAAUUCUCUGCCACUUACUGAGGGGGUUGGGAGGUGUCGGGCGGGACAGAGUGGGGAGCUGAGGAGGCAUUUUUGGGGGGCUUUCCUCUGCUUGCCUCCCCUCGGAUUUGGAGUGUCCGUUAUCCUGCCUGCGUUUGGGGAGUCCCUCCUCGCUCUCUUUCCUCCACCCUCUCUCUGAUUUUCCUGCCUUUGCUGUCCCCCAGCCUUGAGGACUGGGGUGCUGGCUGUGGGGAUUGGAGUAUAGGGUAGGGGAGAAACGGGAGAGCAUUAGGAUGAGUGGGGAGUGGGGGGAAGGAAAGAGGAGGCCCGAGCAGGGGUUUUAAGGAGCAGGAUGGUUCUGGGGUUUGGGUGGGGGGAGACGCGGGAAGGAUAGGAAAAUGGACUGUUUUUGACCAGAGACACUUACCUAAAUCUCCUGGGGACCAAGGAACUAUGUACAAAAACAAACCUACCAACCACCAAAAACUAGACAAAUAAAGACAAACUAAAACAAAACAGAACAAAAGCAAAGGAAAAUACUUUAGAAAUUUUAACUCCGGGGAGCCAUAAUCUGCAGCUUCAUUUCCCCCCAUGGAAGAGAAAAAAGAGCACCACCAUUAUUACCACCUCCCCAACCCUACACACACAAACUGAGUCAAAAAACGAAAACCAAAUGAGCCGGAAGUUGAAGUUCUGGUAUCAAAGCUAGUUGUUCUGUCUGCGUGUUUAAUUUUUCCCUCUAAAUCUCACCUCCACCCCAUCCAUAUCCUCUUUAUUUCCUCUGUUCCAGUGAGAAGCCAAUGGCUGCUCUCCAAUCCCGGGAAGUGAGUGGGAGCACAGCUGAAAAGAGAGGGUCAGGGGGAGCCUGGCUGCUUGCUUAGGUGGAAUCCAAGUUUUCCCCUGGCCCUGCCUACACUCUGGUGGCCUGGUCCUGGUGGGGUGGGGGUCUUUGGAGAGCGGGGCAUAGUCUUUGAGCUAACUAAAAAGCAGAAUUCCGGGACUUCGAAAUAUCUUAUUCUAGGAAAAUGAAACAAUUUUAACAACAGUUUUCUUUUUUUUUUUCUCUUAUGUCAAAGAUACAGUUUUAGACAAUUUCAAAAUAAGCUUUUUUCCCACUCAUAGAACUUUUACCCUUUCAGUUUUAUUUUUUAUUUUUUAGAGAGGUUUAAACUACUGAUUUUUUUUUUUCCUGUUGAUUCAAAUAGACUGAUGGGGUGAAAGUUAUUAGGAGAAAUACUGUCUCAUCUUGCUCUUCUAGGUCCCCUUUCUUCUUCUCUUGGAGAACAUGAAAUUAUAGAAAUGUUGAGAAGUUCCUGCUUUCUGUUGGAGUAGGACUUGGCUGUGAGAAAAUCACCUAAAUCCCAGAAAAGAGGACAGAUUUAAAGUGCCCCCACCCCCAUUUGUUUCAAAGAGGUCUGCAUGUUGGGGGAAAACAGAACAACUGUGUUUCCUUUUACUUGUUCUUAUUAUUCAAGAGUCAUUUAUUACUGGGGAUAAAUGUUGGGUAGCAAGAACUUUAAUUUGCACUACCAGUCUCCCAAAUAGAAAAUCAUGUAUAGUAUUUCAUAGUAAUAAUCAGGUACCUUACAAGCUGCUGGUGGAUUUUAAAAAAUAAGAUUGUUGAAGGUGGUUAGGUAAAAUGCCUGCUUUGUGUACAAGAUACUCUUUGGAUCUCUUGUGGAGAUGGUUUGUUACCAUCCUUUAAUCAUAACUAAAACAUUGAAAACAGAACAAAUGAGAAAAGAAAAAACCUGCCGAUUAACAAGACUGAAAUCAUGCAUGAUCUGAAAGGUGUGGAAAGAAACACAAUUAGGUCUCACUCUGGUUAGGCAUUAUUUAUUUAAUUAUGUUGUAUAUCAUUGUUUGCAGGGCAAACAUUCUAUGCAUUUGAAACUGAGCACUAAACUGGGCUAGCUUUCUGGUAGACCGUUUCGUGGAUAGUGUGAUUUCACAAUCUACUGCCUGUUUCCACUGAAAACACAUUUUUGUCAUAUUCUUGUAUUCAAAGGAAAAGAAAAAAAGGAAGAUUAUUGUAAAUAUUUUAUUUAAUGCACACACUCACACAGUGGUUACAAACUGCCAGUGUUCAUCCUGAAAUGUCUCACGGAUUGAUCUACCUGUCCAUGUACGUCUGCUGAGCUUUCUCCUUGGUUAUGUCUUUUCUCUUUUACCUUUCCCCUCCCCUACUUCUAUCAGAACCAAUUCUGUGCGCCAAAAUACAACAGGGGGAUGUGUCCCAGUACACUUACAAAUAAAACAUAACUGAAAGAAGA